AUGAAGAUUGUAUUGUUUGCUUUGGUGUCAGGAACAUCAGCCAUUCUGUUCGGUGGAGGAGGUGGUGGAGGAUGCGGAUCUGGAGGAUUUAAUCCACCUCGGCUCGGCUGUCAACGUACGUAUUUCACCAUUCCUACAAUUGCGGUGCGAAAAUACCACAUAUCACCUGUAUAUCUUCGUGCGGUGGAGGACGUAAGAAGAGAUCGGUUGAAAGCGACGCUCAGUGUACUGAUCCAGAGCUCCGAAAACUCAUCUUAUCGGUCCGUCAUUCUUUAA